AUGUGCACAGAAAAUUUUGUCUUUAACGAUCCAGAGCGCUACCGUAGCAUGUCGGUAUUGACUUCGGAGUUUAUUCCACCAUCAAAAUCUACUCCGCCAUCAGAGUCCGAUACACACUGUGCUUCGCUUGCAAAUUCUCUGCCCUUUUCUCUAGCCACCUCUACAGGGGACUACUUCGAAAAUCAAUGCUUAAUCGGCAAGCCUUCGUAUGAUCACAGCAGCAAUGUUUGUCGGAACACACUGGACGACUUCCAGAGCGAUAUGCACCCUUUAGCACCUUGGCCAUCAACACCUCUGCUGCCCUUGUCCGAGGUUGGAGAUACAUAUACUUUCAAUGAACCAACUCGCAUCGCCGAAGCUACGCUGUUCUGCAAUCCAGCGGAUAUAGUCUUGCCCGAAUUACCCUUUCCUUCCCAGGCCGAGCGCCGGGCGGAUGAGACGACUGGAUGUCAUAUGUCUGCUGGUGAUAAUCCCCCUGCAACCUCAUGUUUUUGUCGAAGUUCACAUUUCUCAAAAAUUCUCGACACUCUGCCUCAAAUCGACCCGGGCUUAGACCUUGACCCAACUUUAACGGAGGACAAUAUCCGGAAGGAUUGCAGUAGUACGCUUAAAUAUAAUGAUGCGAAUCCCACUUUUCCUGAUGACACUGUCAUGCUACCACACUGGAUAUCUUCGAAUCAAGUGGAGGGUAGCCUUGACUAUCCUCGGGAACAAUUGCUUGUUCGGCCUCUGUCACAACACCCAUAUGAAAACCGUGCCUUGACCACUAAAUUCGCUAAGCCAUCCGAGGAUUGGGGGUUCUGUGAUUUCUCAAAUGAACCGGAGCCAGGAGAUUAUCGAUCAUCGUCGACUAUUCAUCAAUUUCUCACCGUUGGCAAUACGCAAUCAAGAAAUGUUGGCUUUCUCCAUCCGAAUUACACUGGCAUUAUUUCGCUUGGGGAAAUGCAGGAUUUACAUUAUCUAAUGACGAAGGAAGCUUCCUUGACUGAGUUUGGUGACACUGUUCGCAAUGAUCAAGCUGUUCAGUAUGACUGUGGCUUUACUAGUCCAUACGUUGAGGACCCUUGCAAAGACAUUUGCUCCCGAGUAUAUGACUAA